AUGACAACCACACCCGACACGAGGGGGGACACUCAAGAUGAGAACGCGCCAUUAUUAGGGACCGACCAAGUCCCAAGAACAUCCGCGUCGAGCUCACAGAAACUAGCCGUGAUGGUCACCGCGUCCAUGCUCAUCCUCGCCAUGGAUUUCGGAUUCUACCUGACCGCCGCUCCGCAAACGAAGAUUUUCGAGGACAUUGUCUGCCGCAACUACAUGGCUGCUUUGGGGAAUCCAGCAGACGCAGUACCCACGGAGGGGGUGUGUAAGUCUGAGCCGGUGCAGAGUGAACUGGCUCUCGUGAAUGGGUGGAAGGAGACAUCUGAUGUCUUACCGGGCAUUCUUUUGUCUGUCCCGUAUGGCGUGUUGGCGGAUCGCUGGGGACGCAAGCCGGUUCUUUUGCUGGGGAUCCUAGGGAUUCUUCUCGGGGAGAUCUGGGUCCGUGUUGUUUGCUUGUAUCCUACUGUCCUACCACUGCGGCUGGUCUGGCUAUCGGGGAUGUGGAGGCUCAUUGGUGGCGGGGACAUCGCUCUUUCAUCCAUUGCGCUGGUCAUGGUUGCGGACCGCUUUCCAGAGGACGAGAUAGCCACGGCCCUGUUCCGCCUCACCAGUGCGGUCAUCGUGUCGGAAGUCCUAGCCACCCCGGUCAGCGCAUAUCUCAUGGCUCGUGAUCCAUGGCUGCCAUAUGUGCUAGGACUCGGGGUUGCAAUUGUCGGGUCACUGUGUGCGUUCCUCAUGCCGGAGACUUUGACCGACGCCAGAUCGAAGAUUGUCUUGACGACUACGCCCACUAACGAGGAAGAGACACCGUCGUACCCGGCUCGCAAGGACUCGGUGAGACAGUUUAUCAAGGGCAAGAUGCGGGAGCUCCGCGACUCGACCCGGUUUAUCAUGAGCAGCCCCGGCGUCGCCGUGUGUCUCUUUGCGCUGUUCGUCACGUCCAUCAGCAAGCAGUCGACCAGCCUCCUGCUUCAGUAUACGUCGAAGCGCUUCCAUUGGAGUAUUGGCAAUUCUAGCCUCCUCAUCUCCUUACGCGGCCUCAUCACAUUAGCGAACUUCCUCCUCCUUAUGCCCGCCCUAUCCUUCUUGCUCACCCGGUAUCUCCAUCUUCCAGGCAAGUUGAAAGACCUACGACUGGCGCAGGCCAGUAGUUUCGUCUCCGCCCUCGGCUUCCUCGUCAUCGCCACGACCGCAUCCUGGGCCAUGCUGGUCCUGGGCAUCGUGCUCCUCUCGUUGGGCGCGGCCUUCGCAGUGUCGUGCCGUAGCUUCGUGACGGCGCUGGUUCGACCGGACCACGUGGGAACACUGUAUUCAUCUGCGUCAGCUGUGACGUCCUUUGGAAUCGUGGUUUCCGGUCCGCUCCUGGCUUAUGCGUUUCGAUUGGGACUGCGUUUGGGGCCGGCGUGGUUCGGGCUGCCGUUUCUUCUGGCCGGGGGUGUGUAUCUUGUUGGGUCGGUCUUACUGGUUCGGUUGAGAAUUCCUGAUAGAGUGCAUGGGGAGUAG